AUGGGAGCCUCCUGCAACACUGGCUGCUGCCAAGAUGCAAAUGGCCGGAUAGUCGAGUGCGAGUCUGCCGUGAAGGAUGUGGGAAUGCCACUCUCACUGGCCUUCCCACACGAGAAGCCUGCAGGUGAAGAGAGGCCUACGCACGUCUACGACCACGGUGCCGCCUACACAGGCAGCUGGCUGGGCGAGCAGCGGGAAGGCUACGGUGUCCAGGUGUGGCCCGACGGGGCUCGCUACGAAGGGCAGUGGAAGGCCGAUAAGGCGCACGGUUGGGGCCGGUUCGUGCAUGCAGACGGCGACGUCUACGAAGGAGAGUGGUUCGGAGACACGGCCCACGGGCAAGGAACCUACAGCCACGCCGAUGGGUCCAAGUACGAGGGGCAGUGGGAGUAUGAUCGGCAGCAUGGCCAUGGUGUGGAGCACUGGGUGGAUGGUGCCCGGUACGAGGGAACGUAUCAGGCUGGCAAGAAGCACGGCAAAGGAUAUUUCACCUGGGCUGACGGCUCUUCCUAUGAUGGAGAGUUCUUGAACAACGACAUCCACGGCUCCGGCAUCUACUCCUGGGGUGAUGGGCGCAAGUAUGCGGGGCAGUGGGAAGGAAACCGAAUGCAUGGCCAUGGCAAGUUCAGCUGGCCAGAUGGGAGGCUCUAUGAGGGAGAGUACAUCCAUGACAUCAAGCAUGGCUAUGGAAUCUUCAAGUGGCCUGAUGGAAGAGAGUAUGAUGGUCAGUGGAGAAACGGAAAGCAGCACGGUAUUGGAUGGUCCUCCGCGCCAAAGCAGGAGAAACGCAAUGGCGAGUGGAUGGAUGGAAAGCGGAUAAGAUGGAUCGGUGAAUCCCCAGAGUCGUAG